UGAAAGGAUAGCAGGCCCACUACUGGUCCUUGCAAGACAGGUCCUACUUACGCUACACCAGUUCCACUACGUAUCUGUUCAACCUGUUUUUAUAGCUUUCCGAAGUAUUUGCUUCAUUUUGUUUCACUCAUCUACAACUGUUGUCAAAACUAUAAAGGACACCAACUGUGACCAUAGUGUCUCAUUCCACAGCCCCAGAAGCUGUCAUGGUACAUCUGCUCUCAUAUCCUUUAAAACCAGAUAAUCCAUUAACCCAGGAUAAGUCGUAAUGAACGAAUAUAAAUGAAUAAACAAAAUACUCGGUGGAGCUCGAACCGUGGUCCAUAUAUAUGCGAGACCCAACGCUGGAAGCCUAAAAAAUAAAUGGUUAUAACUGACCAUAAUUUUUAAAGGGUGGGCCUGUAAGCCAGCGGAAGGCCUCGGUCAGAUGACCAAAAGCUCAAAAGGCAGGUCAUCAAAUGACUAAGACCCACGUCAGGAAACACUUGUCCUAUUUCCUGGCGAACCUUACCUAACCUAACUGGAAGCCUAACAGUAGCGUGUCUGUCUGGUGAAUAGUGGAAGGAGAAUUGAUUCUCCAGUCCUUCCCUUCAAUGGAGGGUUCUUAAUUCACGGAAUUAAGCUAUCUUUCAUUUAAUUGGAUCAAACCUAUCUUUCAUUCCCCAGGCGCUUAACGACCCUUAAUAAAAUGGUUUAUCAUUUCCCAUAAAUAUAAUAAAUCAGCCACGUCUUGCGUUGAAUAACCCACACAGGUUUAGCGCUUGAUAAAAUAGAUCGAAUGAUGCUAAAAUUAGAAUAAAAUAAAUCUAAAUAUAGUUUGCUUCGGAUACUUUUUUAGUCGAUUUUUAAAUUAAAAUAUACAAUUCUCCCCGGGCUCAAAAAGGACUUGCUUAGGUUAGCAGUUCUAUUAUGAACUCCAUUACCAAUUAUGUGAGUAGUGGUGAAAAAAUUAAACUGGUAUAAUAUUAGGAUUGGACUCCUGAUGUGCUGUCGACUUACAAAGUUAAAUUACUUAUGAACUGUCUAUCAGAGUAAUUAGUCACAUAAUUCAGAGUGGAAUGCUAACAAUUUCAGCAUUAUUCAAUCAAAAGUUGGAACAUUUACAAUGUAGCAUAUAGGUUAUUAAUUAAUGUACCACAGUUAUUAAUGUACUAGGUUACUGGCUACUGUCCCAGCCUCUGGGUCGUAGUCAUUUAUAACAUGCUUCGGAAUUUUAGAUUUUUAAUAAGUCAUUAUGGAUGAAAUAUAUGAAAAUAUCUGAACCUUUGUGAGGGAACUUAGAAAUCUUGAGAAAUUUUAUAUGCUGUUGGGAGUGCACCUGGAGGGUGUUCCGGGGGUCAACGCCCCUGCGGCCCGGUCCAUGACCAGGCCUCGUGGUGGAUCAGGGCCUGAUCAACCAGGUUCUUACUGCUGGUCGCACGAAUAUACAUUUGAGAAACUUGGAACAACUUGGCGGAGGGUGCAAGAAUAAUUUUGCUGACAGGUUACGUGUUUAAUCUACGCCAAUUAGUUGUGCAACCUUCACUUGCAGUUACAGUAGUGUCUCAGGCAGCUGAUAAACCCAGAACCUCUCCUUCAAUGGACGGCAGGGGAAGGGGAAUUCUUUCUGGUGAAAAACUCGCAGUCCAAGGAACUGGAGCUACCCUCAUCACCUUAUUCUUUUUUAUGUUCACUUUCAACUUUCUACCUUUACACACAUUCCCAAAUUCGUCCACCAACCUUUGCAACUUUAGAAUCUCCCAUAAGCACAGUAUCAUUAGCAAAAAGUAACUGUCACUUCCCAUUUUGUAUUUAAUUUCAUAUAAUUUAAUCCCACCCCUCUCCCGAACACCCUAGCAUUUACUUCUUUUACAACCCCAUCUAUAAAUAUAUUAAACAACCAUGGUGACAUUACACAUCCCUGUCUAAGACCUACUUUUACCGGGAAGUAUUCUCCCUCUCUUCUACAAACCCUAACCUGAGCCUCACUAUCCUCAUAAAAACUCUUAACAGCAUUUAGUAACUUACCACCUAUUCCAUAUACUUGCAACAUCUGCCACAUUGCUCCUCUAUCCACUCUAUCAUAUGCCUUUUCUAAAUCCAUAAAUGCAAUAAAAACUUCCCUACCUUUAUCUAAAUACUGUUUUCUUCUUUGCUUUGUUAGGUUUAUGAGAGCCACUGACAGCAUAAGCCGUAUGGGCUUCUCGAUGGUACGAGGAAAAAUUGUUGCCGAAGGCUGAGCGAUGACAGAAAAGGAACAAAAGUUCCUUUGUAAAUAUAGAAACUUUUAGUUUCCAAUUAGAUCCGGUGGACGUCCUUGUCAAGCCCCGGCACAGAGGGACGCCCACUCUCAUCCGGUGGACGUCCUUGUCAAGCCCCAGCACAGAGGGACGCCCACUCUCAUCCGGUGGACGCCCUUGUCAAGCCCUGGCACAGAGGGACGCCUACACUCAUCCGGUGGACGUUCUUGUCAAGCCUCAGCACAGAGGGAUGCCCACACUCAUCCGGUGGAUGCCCUUGUCAAGCCCCAGCACAGAGGGACGCCCACACUCAUCCGGUGGACGCCCUUGUCAAGCCUCAGCACAGUGGGAUGCCCACACUCAUCCGGUGGACGCCCUUGUCAAGCCCUGGCACAGAGGGACGCCCACACUCAUCCGGUGGACGCCCUUGUCAAGCCUCAGCACAGAGGGAUGCCCACACUCAUCCGGUGGACGUCCUUGUCAAGCCCCAGCAGAGAGGGACGCCCACACUCAUCCGGUGGACGUCCUUGUCAAGCCUCAGCACAGAGGGAUGCCCACACUCAUCCGGUGGACGCCCUUGUCAAGCCCCAGCAGAGAGGGACGCCCACACUCAUCCGGUGGACGUCCUUGUCAAGCCUCAGCACAGAGGAUGCCCACACUCAUCCGGUGGACGCCCUUGUCAAGCCCCAGCAGAGAGGGACGCCCACACUCAUCCGGUGGACGCCCUUGUCAAGCCCCAGCACAGAAGGACGCCCACACUCAUCCGGUGGACGCCCUUGUCAAGCCCCAGCACAGAGGGACGCCCACACUCAUCCGGUGGACGCCCUUGUCAAGCCCCAGCACAGAGGGACGCCCACACUCAUCCGGUGGACGUCCUUGUCAAGCCCCAGCACAGAGGGACGCCCACACUCAUCCGGUGGACGCCCUUGUCAAGCCCCAGCACAGAAGGACGCCCACACUCAUCCGGUGGACGCCCUUGUCAAGCCCCAGCACAGAGGGACGCCCACACUCAUCCGGUGGACGCCCUUGUCAAGCCCCAGCACAGAGGGACGCCCACACUCACACCUGAGUUCAGUAAAUAACUUCACACCAAAGACCGAUCAAGAAUUAUCCGCAGAGCGGAAAAAAUGGAGCUGGCUAAAGUAAGCCGAUGAACAGGUGCCCCUCCUGUAGUGCCAGGUGCCCCUCCUGUAGUGCCAGGUGUCCCUCCUGUAGAGUGCCCGGCGGGCUAAAUAGAUGAGGACAAACGUCCCAGUGAGAACGGUGGAAAUUUGUCACUAAUACUCAGGCGAGAGAGACGUCCACACCCGACGAAGGUAGUGCAGAAGUCCAUCUUAAUACUGUUCACAUAUAAGCUUCAAUGUAAACACUUGAUCUACACAUCCACUAUCCACUCUAAAACCUCCUCGUUCAUCCGCAAUUCUACAUUCUGUCUUGCCUCUAAUUCUUUCAAUAAUAACCCUACCGUACAC